AUGAACCGCACCGAACCCUGGAGCACCAGCCCAUGGGCAGAGUCCGGGGACUACUCAGGGUCCGGGAUCUUGGAGGAGCCAGGGGAGCUGGAGCUGUGCAUUUCCUGGGACUUGCCCUACAGCUACAUAUACAUCCCUGUUCUCUACUUGGCGGCCUUUGCUGUGGGCCUUUUAGGCAACGCCUUUGUGAUGUGGCUGCUGGCUGGGCGGCGGGGCCCACCGCGGCUCAUUGACACCUUCGUGCUGCACCUGGCCGCCGCGGACCUGGGCUUCGUGCUCACGCUGCCGCUGUGGGCCGCGGCGGCGGCACUGGGCGGCCGCUGGCCCUUCGGCGAAGGCCUUUGUAAGCUCAGCAGCUUCUCGCUGGCGGGCACGCGCUGCGCAGGCGCGCUGCUGCUGGCUGGCAUGAGUGUGGACCGCUACCUGGCGGUAGUGAAGCUGCUCGACGCGCGCCAGCUGCGUACCCCGCGCUGCGCGCUGGCUGCCUGCUGCGGCAUCUGGGCCGUGGCGCUUCUGGCCGGCCUGCCUGCUCUGGUCUACCGCGGACUGCAGCCGCUUCCCGGGGGCCAGGGCAGCCAGUGCGGGGAGGAGCCCUCCGACACCUUCCAGGGCCUCAGCUUGCUGCUGCUGCUGCUGACCUUCAUGCUGCCCCUGGGUGUCACCCUCUUCUGCUACUGUCGCAUCUCGCGCCGCCUGCGCAGGCCGCCACACCUGGGCCGGGCCCGGAGGAACUCGCUACGCAUCAUCUUCGCCAUCGAGAGCACAUUCGUGGGUUCCUGGCUGCCCUUCAGCGUCCUGCGGGCAGUCUUCCACUUGGCGCGGCUGGGGGCGCUGCCGCUGCCUUGCACCCUAGUGCUGGCGCUGCGCUGGGGCCUCACCAUCGCCACUUGCCUGGCCUUCGUCAACAGCUGCGCCAACCCGGUCAUCUACCUCCUGCUGGACCGCUCGUUCCGCGCCCAGGCUCGGCGCGGGGCCUGCGGAGGCGUAGGCCGCCUGGCGCGCAGGGUCAGCUCUGCCUCUUCGCUCUCCGGGGACGACAGUUCUGUGUUCCGUACCUGCAGCUGGGGCCCGCCCCAGAGGAUGCACUCAGUCUCUAGCUCUCCACAGCUGCCCCAGGCCUGA